AUGUUGAUGAUGUUUGAAAAAGGUAUAAGAGGUGGAAUAUCACAUAUAUCAAAGAGAUAUGCAGAAGCGAGUAAUAAAUAUAUGAAAGAUUACAAUCCUGAUGAAGGGUCUACUUAUAUUCAAUAUCUCGAUGCAAAUAAUCUUUACGGAUGGGCAAUGAGCCAAUCACCUUCAACACACGGAUUUAAAUGGAUGAAAAACCUAACAAAAGAGUCCCUAAUGGAUAUUCUGGAGAAAGCAAAUAGUAGUAUGUUAAAUCCACGAAAAGGAAAGGGAUACAUAUUUGAAGUAGAUUUGGAAUACCCCCGUAAACUAUGGAAAUCACAUAAUGACUAUCCUCUG